UUUUCAAGAAACGACGCUGACAAGCUCAAAGAUCUCUAGUAUUACUCAUGUCUCGCGACUGCCGUUUUCUUCUCUCAUUUCAAAGGUACAUUUUCCUUCCCUCAACACUGUUUCCUUCUUCCUACCAUGACGAAUACUUGAACGAACGGGCGGACAGACUGCGUGCGCAGCUCCAUGUGUCUGUAAAAGCAGGACGUACAAAUCUUGUGGAUACAUGGUUGUCUGUGACACUUGUUGAGAACUCGUCAGCUGAUCGGUCAAUGAACGAAUACGAGGCACCAGAACACACGUCUGGACAGGACAAGCUUGCUGACACCAACUUUCUAGGUGAAUCGUCAAAAGGAUAUGUUGUAGCAUCCUGUCUGAUAUCUGUCCCGCUUUCCUCCCUGUGAUCGUGCGAUCUCGUACAUGCAUUCCAUGACACAUAGUUGUCCUUGACUAAGCCCCAGCAUGUUUUUGACUUGGCAUAUGUGGAAAAGUUGAAGAGGGUUGUUUCUCGGCGUGGCGGCUUGGUGUAAUGCAGAGACUCCUACAAACAAUCAUGAUCAAUAAUGACUUGCAGAAUUUUUAUGUGUA